UACGCGUGCAUCAGUCCAGUCAGCUGAUUGCACCGAUUGCACAAUACAAAUCCAUAUGUGAAAAUACCAUAAACUCCUCCGAGUGUACAACACUGAUUGAUCGUUUUAACGACUUUUCGCUAGUUAGUAUUGGUGAUCAAAAACGACUAGAAAAAAAUCUUUGUUUUAUCAACGGCCAUUUUGACAUCGUACCUAGCCGGAGCCGGAUUAAAAAAUGCUUGACGCAGACAUGGAGGUGCUGGCGGUUUGUUCCAGAUCUGUGCAAGGGACGGCACCAUGUGAUUUAAUUUUGAAUAGCCCUUCGUGUAAUCUGCCCACUCAUCCAUGGCUCCUAGAUCAAUGCUCGGGUUUCCAAUGUUUACAUUGAAAGAGUGUGGAUGCUCGUUUUUUCAAUUUGGAUUUUUGGCUAUUUUAAACUGUUGUAUUGUCAUUAUUAUUAAGAAGAACUGUGAUAAUUUUAGCGAUAAAUUCACAAGUAUACCUUCUGUGAUAAAUAAGUGACCGUACUAAGAUGAGUGGCGAGGAUGCUGCUCCAGACGGAGCAGCAUCAGUACUUAACCUCAAUCAACCGAUACUAAAUCCAGGACAAGAAAGGAUGGAAGAAGACAUGGAAACAACCAGCAGAGGAAAGGAUCACGUCGACGCAGCAAGUAGAAAAAUAUUUAAAAACUACAAUUACCAAAAUGGGGAUUGCCGUCCGUAUCGCGUAAUAGUAGAGAACACAGAUGUAGAAAAACGAAAAGUUGUUAACAGAUUACAAAUAGGAAUAAUGCUACACCAAAAUGGUUUUGACAAAUGUAUCGAUGAUAUCAGGAAGACAGCUAGAAAUAAAGUAACAGUGUACGUAGGAAAUAUUAAAGAUGCCAACAGAUUGGCAAAUUGCCAGAAUCUAAAUCUACAGGGAUUCAAAUCUUAUAUUCCAAAACAAUUCGUCACGGUGACAGGAGUUAUUUCUGGUAUACCACUUGAAAUGAAAGACGAAGAAGUUAAACACUUUAUCAAGGCCAAAGCAGAAAUAGAUUCCGUUUUUCGAAUGCAUCGCUAUAAAGACAAGAAAAAGGAACCCACAUAUAAAAUGGGUGUAGUUUUCCGUACUAAUACUUUGCCAAAUGACAUCAGUAUAUAUUCUGUGAUACACAAAGUCCAACCGUACAUUAGAAAACCGAUAAUCUGUUUUAAAUGUCUUCGUUAUAACCACUUGUCCAAAAAUUGUAAAGCGUUGAUUGAAAAAUGUAUGUCAUGUGCUGUAGAACACUCGACAGAAAAUUCUUGUAACGUUUUAAAAUGUUUGUACUGUCCAAAUUCUAAUCAUAAGACGACUGACAAAGUGUGUCCUAGAUGGAAGAAAGAAAACGACUUACAAGCAAAAAUGGCCAAGAAAUGCAUGACUUAUCAGGAGGCAAGGCAGUACUACGAGGUUCCAACUGAAAAUAUGUUUGACGUUUUGAGGACUACAGAGGAUUUUCCAACAAUUGCAGAAUCAUACUCCAGAGUUGCAGCUAGCGGGCGUAAUUUUCCACAACAACUCCAACCAAAGCGCAGUGAGUGGAGUUCAAACGACAAGAGAAAUAGAUCUAAAAAAGAAAAUAAAGAACCAAACAAACUUAAUAUUUGGACAACGUUCAAAGUGAAGCAAAGUACACUUUUCUAG